GUCAAUUCAGGCCUCCUCGGCAGCUUCCUUUUUUAACAGGGCCUCCAUCCUUUGGCUUCGCCAAUUACAGGAAAGGCUGCCUCCUUCUGAUAUGCGAUCUCACCAGGACAUCAACAAGAUCCUAGCUGCUGUUGAGUUCUCUGCUGAUGCUACUCUGAAUGCGGCAAGGUUUUCAGCUAAGGCUAUCGGGGCUUCAGUCACUUCUCGUAGGCUCCUGUGGCUUCGUCAGUGGCAGGCAGAUGUUCGGAACAAGUGGAGACUGGCUUCAGCUCCUUUCUCGGGGAACUAUCUCUUCGGCCCAGCCUUGGACCCACUCCUCAUUGAGACGAAGGAUCAUCGCAAGAUUCUGCCCGCCUUAUCGAGAAGAUCUGAUCCUCGUCAGCAGGGUUCCUUUCGAAGCCAUUCCUUUCGCUCCGACUUCUCUUCCUUCCAGUCCAGGCCUCAGCGGUACCCUCAGCCCAGGGGCGGACAACAGCAGGAUUUCCAGGAGCACGUCAGAGGCCAGAGUCCCCUUGACUCCUCAAGUUCUCCAGUCCUUGGCAUGGUGGACCUCUCCGGCUCUUGCUCAGGGAUGCCUGUUCAGAGUGCCUCAACGCGUGAGCAUCACCACGGACGCGAGCCUCUUCGGAUGGGGGGCUCACCUGGGGUCUCAGCUGGCCCAAGGGCAGUGGUCGGUCCAGGAGAGGGGACUUCACAUCAACAUCUUGGAGCUCAGAGCCAUCUUCCGAGCUCUUCGCAAGUUCGCUCCUCUCCUUCGAGGUCUGGAUGUCUUGAUCAGAACAGACAACGUAGCUGCCAAGGCCCACAUCAACCGGCAAGGAGGGACCCGCUCCAAGGCUCUCAUGAGGGAGGCAUCUCGUCUCUUCAGGUGGGCGGAGAGUCACUUGGCAUCCAUCCACACCUCUCACAUCUCAGGGUCAGCAAAUGUUCAGGCGGACGCUCUCAGUCGAUCGGUGGUGGACCAGACGGAGUGGAGCCUCGAUCCACUUCUGUUCCAGGACAUCGUGCAUCGCUUCGGCCUUCCAGCAGUGGACCUCUUCGCGUCCGAAUCCAACCACCAGCUUCCGAGGUUUUACACGAGAUUUCCUGUCCCGGGAGCCGAAGCUGUGGACGCCUUGAUCAGCCCGUGGCCUUGUGGUCUUCUUCUCUAUGCUUUCCCACCUCUUCCCCUCAUCUCCAGGGUCAUCAGGAAGCUGUUGCAGGAACAAGCCGAGCUCAUCCUUCUGGCUCCCUUCUGGCCCAGACAACCGUGGUUUGCGGAUCUGAUGGCUCUCUCUGUUGCUCCCCAUUGGCAGAUCCCGGCCGACAAAAUAUCUCUGUGGCAGGGCUGUCUAGCUCAUCCAGACCCUCAGUGGUUCCGGCUGACCGUCUGGAGGUUGAGCGGUUCCUCCUGUCAUUAG